AUAUAGAUUCGGUUGCCAAAAAAUCUUAUUUUUGGCCAAAUCCGGAUACUCGAGUCACGCUGAAAGAUUCCUAUUAUUUUAUUUCGGGGGGGGGGGGGAGAAAGUAUCAAUUUCAUUUCGGGUAAAAACGUACCAGUAUUUCUAAAAUGGCUCAUAUCUCGAUAUCGACUGAAUAAAUCCAUACAAUCAACUCUACGGUUUAGGGAUAGUCCCAGGAGCCAAAAGUUUUUAUUGCCAGAAGAAAAAUAAAGUGAGAUUAUUGAUUGAAGAUUGUCAAAGAAGUUGAAAAUGGCUGGUAAUAGUUUAGAGUCGAAUUUUGUUUCCAUGAAGCACGCUGUAGAAUUUUUAAAUAUCCAAGAUCAAUAUCAUUGCAAUGAGGAUCUCAAAUGUACUUUCACAUUUAAUGAUUACUCCCCACAAGAAGGUGAUAGAGUUGCUAUAUUCAAGUUAGGAUGGAACUUUGUGAAAGAUUACAUUGUGUUUGAAUGGGCUCCUGUAAGUUCAGAAGAAAAUAUUUGCUCCGUUACAUUCAACAAACAUAUCUUACCUAACAAAAAUUUUGAAGAAAUAUAUCAAAUUUGUUAUUUAAGUGGAGAGAAUGAAUUACAUGGAGCAAGUAGUCCUUUUCAAUUCUCUGCUGAUAAACUUAAGCCCGUUGAAGUAAUAGAGGAAAGUGUAUAUCAAAGCCUUUCGAAACCCAAAUUUUCAACUACUAAUCACUCUGAGAAUGAUGAAAUUAGAAAACUAAGGGAGGAAAAUAUUUUAUUAAAGCAAGCUCUUAAAGUUGCUCUUGAACGGAAAGACACACCAACAGUUAAAAAUUAUGAUACAGAAAUAGCAGAAAUACAACAAAAUAUAGGAGCCAUGAACUUGCGUAUUAACUCUCAACAGCAAGAAUUAAAUAUGUUCAAGACCAAGAUAUUGGAAAGUAAGGAAGAGUAUAAGAAACUUUAUUUAGAAAAAUACAAGGUUGAAAAGAAAUAUGAACAUUUGUUGAAUAAGAAAGAUAAAGAAAUUAAACCCCUUAAUAAUGUAAUUGAAUUUGAUAUUUCUAAUUUAGAAUCGAUACCACCAUUUCCGUUUACUAAUAAGUUUGAUAAAUAAUUUCACUGUGAAUAUUGAUUCAUAUUUUUUAUGUGUGACAUGAAAAAUGUAAUUACUUACGCAUUAUUUAUUUCUCUCUGUAUAUAAUAAUCUAAAUUAUAGAUGUAUAUUGAAAC